CAUGCUCCCUUUCCCUGCAGAGGCAACCGCUGAGCAGAUGGUGUGACGAGUGUGUGUGUGAUCUGUGCCAGGUGCCCUUCCUGGGAGCCCUGACCUCUCACAGUGCUCACGUCAUGGUGUUUCAGUGGGGGCGCCAAUGCUGGAGCUGGGUCCCAGGUCCCGUCCUGGCUCUGCCGCUGACUUGGCUGCGCGAGGUUGACCGCAACCAGGAGCUCCUGACGCGCAUCCGGCAGCUUCAGGAGCGUGAGGCUGGUGCGGAGGAGAAGAUGCAGGAGCAGCUGGAGCGCAGUAGGCAGUGUCAGCAGAACCUGGACGCUACCAGCAAGAGACUGCGUGAGAAAGAGGACAGCCUGGCUCAGGCUGGCGAGACCAUCAACACAUUGAAGGGGAGGAUCUCGGAACUGCAGUGGAACGUGAUGGAUCAGGAAAUGCGGGUGAAGCGUCUGGAGUCAGAGAAGCAGGAGCUGCAGGAGCAGCUGGACCUGCAGCACAAAAAAUGGCAGGAAGCCAGUCAGAAAAUCCAGGAACUCCAGGCCAGCCAAGAAACGAGAGCAGAUCAAGAGCAGCAGAUUAAGGAUCUGGAGCAGAAGCUGUCCCUACAAGAGCAGGAUGCUGCUAUUGUGAAGAACAUGAAGUCUGAGCUGGUGCGACUCCCUAGGCUGGAACGGGAGCUGAAACAGCUGCGGGAGGAGAGUGCACGCCUGCGGGAGAUGAGAGAGACCAAUGGGCUGCUCCAGGAGGAGGUGGAAGGGCUACAGAGGAAGCUGGGACGCCAGGAGAAGAUGCAGGAGACACUGGUUGGCUUGGAGCUGGAUAACGAGAAGCUGCUGGCCAGGCUGCAAAGCUGGGAGAGACUGGAGCAGACCAUGGGCUUGAAUGUCAGGUUUGCAUGUUCUGGACGUUGUGUAUCAGUGGAAUCCUGCCAUAGGUGGCCUCUGUGCUGGUGGCCUCCACUCAGCACGUUCUCAAGGACUCCGGAAGACCUUUCCAGAUUUGUGGUGGAGCUGCAGCAGAGGGAGCUUGCCUUGAAGGACAAGAACAGCGCCAUCACCAGCAGCGCCCGGGGGCUGGAGAAGGCCAGGCAGCAGCUGCAGGAGGAGCUCCGGCAGGUCAACGGUCAGCUGCUGGAGGAGAGGAAGAAGCGUGAGACACAUGAGGCACUGGCCCGGAGGCUCCAGAAACGAGUCCUGCUGCUCACCAAGGAGCGGGACGGCAUGCGGGCCAUCCUGGGCUCCUACGACAGCGAGCUGACCCCAGCCGAGUACUCGCCCCAGCUGACCCGGCGCAUGCGGGAGGCCGAGGACAUGGUGCAGAAGGUGCAUAGCCACAGUGCCGAGAUGGAGGCUCAGCUGUCACAGGCCCUGGAGGAGCUGGGAGGCCAGAAACAAAGAGCAGACAUGCUGGAGAUGGAGCUGAAGAUGCUAAAGUCUCAGUCCAGCUCUCCCGAGCAAAGCUUCCUGUUCUCCAGGGAGGAGGUGGACAUGCUCAGGUUGAAGGUUGAGGAGCUGGAGGGUGAGCGGAGUCGGCUGGAGGAGGAAAAGAGGAUGCUAGAGGCGCAGCUGGAGCGCCUCACGCUGCAGGGUGACUAUGACCAGAGCAAGACCAAAGUGCUGCACAUGAGCCUGAACCCUGCCAGUGUGGCCAGGCAGCGCCUGCGUGAAGACCACAACCAGCUGCAGGCAGAGUGUGAGCGGCUGCGAGGGCUGCUGCACACCAUGGAGAAAGGAGGCACCGUCCCAGCUGACCUUGAGGCUGCUGCAGCAAGUCUGCCAUCGUCCAAGGAGGUGGCAGAGCUGAGGAAGCAGGUGGAGAGUGCCGAGCUGAAGAACCAGCGGCUCAAGGAGGUUUUUCAGACCAAGAUCCAGGAGUUUCGCAAGGCCUGCUACACGCUCACUGGCUACCAGAUCGACAUCACCACAGAGAACCAGUAUCGGCUGACCUCGCUGUAUGCCGAGCACCAGGGUGACUGCCUCAUCUUCAAGUAUUUCCUCCAGGAAGUCUGCUGUCAUCCCAAUCUUUGUUCCUCUCUAGGUAAAUUGUCUUUUCUUCCUCUGACUGCUUUUAAGAUUUCAUCUGUAGUAUUGGUUUUGAGCAGUUUGAUUAUGAUGUACUUUGAUGUCGUUUUUCCCCUUUUAUUGGUGGUGUGGGUUCUUUGAACUUCUCAGAUGUCUCAGUUUACACUUUUCCACACAUUUCAGAAAAUUGAGGCCAUUAUUUUUUCAAGACUCUUUCCUGUCCCCGCCAUGUCAGUGAUCUGUCCUUGAAUAACAUUGCUGCAAAACUCAAUGGCUUGUGGCUUCCAAGGUCAGCAAUCCAAGUGUGGCUGAGCUGGCUCUCUGCUUAGGGACCUCACCAGCCUCAGUCCUUUUGGCUCUGCUGGGGAAGGACCUACGUCCAGGCACACCGACAUAGCUGUGAGAAGGAUUCUGUUCCUCAUCGGUGGUUGGGCCGCCGGGCUUGGUUCCUGUGGCAGCUCCUCGCCACAUGGGCAACUGACGCAUGGCAGCUGGCACAUCAGAACUCUGAGAACCAGGGUGGGAGCCACAGAAGUCAUGGCUGUUGUGACGCAAUCACAGAGGGAACAGCCAGCAUUUGCACCACACUGUCUGUCAGCUGGAAGUCAUGCUGAGGGCUGGCGCUGAUGUGGGUGACGCCGUCAGGAGCCAUUUCAGAAGUGCCUCCAGGACUCCCACCCCAUGUGUCAGGCCACGUGAUGAUGUCCCACGGCCCACGCCCAGUGUGCUGCUUUCUGUCUAUUUAUCUUUUUGUUUUUAUGCACUUUUCUUUUUCUCCUCUGUUUCGUCUUGGACGGUUUCUGUGGCUGCAUCGGCAUGUUCACUGAGCUUGUUUCCACAAUGUCCGGUCUGCUGUGGAUCCGCACCCUGCACUUCUCAUCUCCCACCCUGUUGUCUUCAUCCUUAGAAAGUCAAUUGGGCUCUUUCUUGUCCCUUUUAUAUCUCUCCUCAACUUUUUGUGCAUAUGGAGCAAAGUUACAGUGACUUAGUGUGAUCUGCCGCUUCUGACAUCAGCUCAUCUCUAGGUUGGUUUCACUCGGCUGAUUUUCUUGCUGCAUGGGUGCUGCAUGGGUGCGUGCGUGCAUGCCUGUGGGUGCAUGUGCGCUCCUAUACACUCCCUGGGCUCGCCCUGUCUCUCAGGGCCUGCCACUCUACAUGACUGAAAACUGUUGUUUCACAUUUUAUGCCUCAUAUUCUGGCUAUUUCAGAUGGCUGUUUCUGUCCUUGUGGCUCUAUCUCGACGGGAAGCUGCCAGCAGCCCUCUGAGGUGGGAAAAUAGGCAUUUUGUCUCCAUUUUAUAUUCAGGAAACUUCAGCUCAGAGAAACAAACUGAUGGGCCUAGGGGCCCACAACAGAU